GCUUCAGAUAUAACAUGGUAUAUAAAAAAGGAUGAUGAAGAUGGGACAUUGAGUGAAGAUGAAGCUGAGAGUGCUAUUUUACAAGGAUGUUGAAAUCUCAACUGUUGAUGGUUUCCAAAGUUCAGAGAAGGAAGCCUUUGUCAUUUCCAUGGUUCGACCAAACAAAACCAAUUAAAGAGGUAGGGUUUCCAAGUGACUGUAGGCGAAUGAACGUGGCUGCAACACAAGUGUCUAUGACACAGAAACAUUUGUUGAUGGAUUCUUAAACUUUAUUUGGCUGAGCACUUUGAGGAGCAUGAUGAGUAUCUAAGUGGCUUUGGAUUCUGUAAUUAUUUCUUUGCAGCGGCCUGCUUAAGUGUCUAUACUGUGGUGUUGGGUUUGAGAACCCCUUUGUGCUUUCAUUCAAUGAAAUCAAAAUAGGGAUGAUGUGUGUAUUUUAAAUAUUGGGGUUGACAUUGACGGUUGAUAUACAAUAGCUAUUGCAAGUUGUCCUGAGAAGUAUCAGAUCUGGAAUUGGACUAGAUGUUGAGAGAUGUAUUGAAAUUUGAGUAUGAAUUGAUGUUUGAAGUCAUUUGUAAGGAUCUCAUUUUAUUUUUCGAAAUCAACUGCCGAUGUUUUU